AUGUCCGCAUGUAUGGCCAGCUCAUGGCCAGCUCGAUUUUUAACACUUUGUUCGUCAGGCAACGGGGUUAGGGAUAUACAUGGGAUGAAACUUACAAAGCGCCUCGAUGACAUUAUCCAGGAGUCUUCAGCACUCAAGUCACAUCUCGUUCAGCAACUCAAAAAUCUCAGCAACGCAGUUCCCGAGCUAGUCAACUUUGAUAUCUCUCUCGCCCAACAAGUAAUUCCACACCUUAGCGACGCCCGUAGUGCCAAGGCUCCGUUUCAGCUUGCAACAGUGUUGUCGUACGCCAGGCAGACUGCAACGUCCACUGUCGCCAAGGACAUGAAACCUGGGACCUCCUGCUUCGAGGCGGUUGGUGAAGCUAUUGCCCAGUUAUCAGCGGAGUGCAACAAGUUACUCCCUUUGGCAAUGGAACCUGAGAACGUGUUCAAGAGUAGGCUUCUUUUAGCUUUGAUAUUCGUCAAAUAUCAUGCUAACGAUGGCCAAGUCUCUGGCACACCACC